AGUGGGCGUUUCCAUGCCUUCUCGCUUAGUGGAAUCGUGUUCAUUUCAGAAGUCAUCAUGGCGCUCACUUCCUCCCAGCAAGAUCAUCCAUUUGGCCAUUUGAUUGAGACUUUAGCAAUCAGGAACAAUGACAUUAGAUUUUUCAAUCCUCAGAAGCUUGGAGAUCCCAAGUAUGAGCGGCUGCCCUUCUGCAUCCGCGUGCUGCUCGAAUCCGCCAUCCGCAAAUGCGAUGGCUUCUACGUCAAACAGGAGGACGUGUACAGUAUUCUUAACUGGGAAGAGAAUCAGACUGUGGCUGAAAUCCCAUUCUCUCCAGCGCGAGUGUUGCUCCAGGACUUCACAGGUAUUCCAGCCAUGGUGGACCUGGCAGCCAUGAGGGACGCCAUAGCCAAGAACGGCGUUGACCCCAACCUCAUCAACCCCAAAUGUCCCACAGACCUCAUAGUAGACCACUCACUACAGAUUGACUUCAGCAAGUGUGCCAUUCAGAAUGCUCCUAACCCUGGUGGAGGGGAUGGACAGGGGCAAGGGCCAGGGCCUCGAUCUGUUCCAGGUCGUCCGGCUCCACGUGGCCAGCACGGUCAGUGCGGAGGUCAGAGAGGAGUCUGUCCUAAGGGCUCCUGCUCCGACUUGCCUACUAGAGCCAACGCAGUACAAAUCGAAAAUACACCACUCCUGUGCCCUUUCCACCUAAAGCCAAUCUCUGAGCCCGAGACGGCUCUCAAAAACCAGGAGAUGGAGCUCACACGGAAUAAAGAAAGACUUCAGUUCUUUAAGUGGUGUUCGAGGGCGUUCAAGAACGUGAGUGUGGUCCCUCCUGACAUUGGUUCGGUUCAUCAGGUUAAUCUGGAGUACCUGGCUCGCGUGGUGCUAGAAAACGAGGGUUUCAUUUACCCUGACAGUGUAGUGGGUACAGACUCCCACACUACCAUGAUCAACGGCCUCGGCAUACUUGGUCGGGGAGUAGGCGGUAUAGAGUCAGAGGCAGUAAUGCUGGGCCAGCCCGUUUCUCUCACACUGCCACAGGUUUUUGGAUGUAAGCUAGUGGGAACCGUCAACGCUCUGGCUACAUCUAUAGACAUUGUCCUUGGCAUCACUAAGCACUUAAGGCAAGCUGGUAUCGGUGGGAAGUUUGUGGAGUUUUUUGGGCCAGGCGUGUCUCAGCUCUCUGCUGCAGACAGAACCACCAUCGCGAACAUGUGUCCUGAAUACAGCGCGGCCGUCAGCUUCUUUCCUGUAGACGACAUCACACUCAAGCACUUUAAACAGACCAACUUCACAGAAGAGAAACUUGAACUUUUUGAAGCUUACCUUAAAUCCGUGAAGCUGUUUCGGAGCUCCACUGACCAGUCAGAGGAUCCAUGUUAUACUGAGGUGAUAGAAAUAAACCUGAGUUCUAUUGUCCCUAACGUGAGCGGACCCAAACGGCCACAAGACCGAGUGCCCGUCACCUGCAUGAAACAGGAUUUCCUUAACUGUCUCAAUGAGAAGGUUGGUUUUAAAGGGUUCCACGUCCCGAAAGAAAAGCAAAGCACUGUGAUGCCAUUUCUGCAUGACGGCACCGAAUACUCACUCGCACACGGAUCGGUCGUCAUCGCUGCGAUCAUCAGCUGCACCAACAACUGCAACCCGUCUGUCAUGCUCACUGCAGGUCUCUUAGCAAAGAAAGCGGUGGAGGCAGGUCUUUCUGUGAAGCCUUACAUCAGGACCAGCCUCGCUCCUGGAAGUGGCAUGGUUACGCAAUAUCUCAGUGCAAGUGGAGUACUGCCUUACCUCAGCCAGCUUGGGUUUGAGGUGAUUGGUUACGGAUGCGCCACCUGUGUAGGAAACACAGCCCCUUUACCCGAAUGUGUAGUAGAUGCCAUCAAACAGGGAGAUCUGAUUGCUUGUGGAGUGUUGUCCGGGAACAGGCAUUUCGAGGGGCGUCUCUGUGACUGUGUGCGUGCCAACUACCUAGCCUCGCCUCCUUUAGUGGUGGCGUACGCCAUCGCAGGGACAAUAGGAAUCGAUUUUGAGACGGAGCCGCUCGGUGUAAACAACGAAGGAAAGGAGGUGUUCCUGAAGGACGUGUGGCCGUCUAAAGAAGAGGUGCAGGAUGUCGAGGAGCACGAGGUCAUCGCGUCGAUAUUCACAGAGCUCAGGAGCAGGAUUCAGAAAGGGAGCUCCUUUUGGAAUAACUUGGAUGCUCCAGAUGCUGUGUUCUUCCCCUGGGAUGCCAAGUCCACUUAUAUCCGCUGCCCUCCAUUUUUUAACAAAUUGUCUAAAGACAUUUGUCCUCCUGGGUCCAUUGAUAAUGCACAUGUGCUGCUGUUUCUGGGGGACAAAGUUACCACCGACCACAUCUCUCCUGCAGGCAGCAUUGCACGAGUCAGCGCAGCCGCCAAGUACCUGCAGAGCAAACGCCUGACACCUCGUGAGUUCAACUCUUACGGCGCACGAAGAGGGAACGAUGCCGUCAUGACUAGAGGAACUUUCGCCAGCAUCAAGCUUCUCAACCUUCUCAUCGGCAAAUCCGGCCCUAAAACCGUGCACAUCCCAUCAGGACAGACGCUGGACGUGUUCGAGGCGGCGGAGCGGUACCAGAGAGAUGGCAUUCCUCUCAUCAUCUUGGCAGGGAAAGAUUACGGCUCAGGCAGCUCAAGAGACUGGGCAGCAAAAGGACCGUACCUACUGGGAGUGCGGGCAGUGAUCGCUGAGAGUUUUGAGAGGAUGCAUAAGAAUCAUCUUGUGGGAAUGGGCAUCGCUCCUCUGCAGUUUCUCCCCGGCCAGAGUGCUGAAACCCUGGGACUCAGUGGGAAAGAGAGGUUCUCCAUCUCCUUUCCAGAGCAGAUCACUCUUUACCAGGAGCUCACUGUGACGACCAGCACUGGAAAGAGUUUCAGCGUGAUGGCUUUGAUUGAGAACGAGAUGGACCUGUCCUUUUACAGACAUGGAGGCAUUUUGAAAUACGUGGCCCGCGGCAUGCUGAAGUAACGUCAUGCACGCUCGCGCUCUCUCUCUCUCUCUCUCUCUCUCUCUCUCUCUGUCUCUCGUGCUCUUUCUCUUUCUGUCUCUCAUUCUCUGUGUCCAGCCUGCUUUCAGAUAAUUCACUAAUCCAUCUGAGGAGCACUGAAAGAGAUUUUUUUGAGCCAAGACUGCUCAUUUCCAUCCAGUUGGAUGUGCAGAUCACUUGAAUGUCGAAGGUUGUUGACCUGGGAAUGACUCCAGAUGAAACUCGGUGACUCUUUCGGGCCUUGGACUCUGUUGUGCCUGUUUUUCUGCUGUCUCCUCCAUCACUUUUCCUAAUAAGGUGUCAACAGGAGGACAUGUUUCUUCUUGCACUUAACAACAUCUCUGCUGUCACGUUCUUUAAAUUCUGCCGUCCCACAGAGACACAAAAGUAAUCCAGACUUGACAUCCUCGAGAUGUUCUGGAUCAAGUCUGGAUUUCUCCACCCAGCUAGUGGUGCAUGUUCGCAGUGCCUGUUCAGGACAUCAGUGGACACGUUAAAAAUCAAAGGAACUGGUGCUAGGCUCUCUCACAGAUUUUGCGAUGUCUCCACACAAACAUCGGUGCUUCUUAAACUGAUGGUCUUUCCCUUGCUUUAGAGCUUGCAGGCCAUUACGUAGAGAUUCUUUUCAAGGGUUUUCUUGGAACAGUUGAGUGUUAAAGUGUACGAAGUAAAAAAAAAAAAACAAGCUUAACCUCAGUAACCCACUUUUGAAAAAGUUUGAGGAAAAAAAAAAAGGUAUUGCGUUUGCAUUAUUUAUUUUUUGAACCGAUCCAGUCGUGAAAUCAUUUUUGUUAUUUUGUGUCUGUUCCGUCGCUGUGAGUGGCAGAGCCUGGAUUGUAGUAACUGAAAUAAAUGUAGUAUCAUUAUUGUUUCUUUCAUGAUGUAUUAGAGGUGUCAGCAUUUACAGUAUCUGAUCCCUGGAUGUAUCACUAAUAUUAGUUUAAUUCAAAAAGUAUCCUAAGAUCAUAUUUACUGUUGUAAACACAUUGCAAUUUAAAAACAUCAAAACCCAACACCACAUGAUGAACACAAAUUGGAAUUCUGAAAAAAAUAUAUAUUUAAUUUAUGCUGCUGCAAUCCAUUGGAACUCCCUUGACAUACAACGGUCAUUCAGCUCAUGUUUCCAAGUUUAUAUUGUGAGUCAUUAAUAGACCUGAGGUCACGUUACGGAAAUCCCUUUUUAUCACUUUGUAUUGGUUUGACAUUAAUUCGGCUGAUUUCAGAUCUAAUAUGAAGACGAGUGAACUUGACAGUUGACCAGCAAUACACACUAUUUCUUUUUGUUUAUUGCUCAUGUAGAUCUGUGUGCAUGUAAGAUCAAUUUUUUUUUUUUUUUGACUGAACCCCUGAAUCUUAGGGGGAAAAAGCUACAUUCCUGAGUACUGUGGAUUGCAGCAUUAAGCUAAUAUGGAUAUGGAAGCCACUAGAAUGCCAAGAACAUGCUGCACUUACAAGCAGAACAUUAAAAAAGAUUUAUUGCUCUUUUUAUUAAAGAAGCCAUCUAUGUACGUCUUCUGUAUCCCAAAACGUUUAUUAUGCCAAAAAAAGAAUUACUGCUAAAAUACAUACAUGUUCCUUUGUUAAUAAUCAUAAUAGCUGCAUUGAAAAUGUGAUCUUUUCUAGAUUAUAAUUUUUUUAUUAUUAUUUAUGCAUCUAAAACUUUUCAUUGGACAUGUCUAACAACAAUAACCUUGUAGAGUAGUUAUGGAUGUAGCGCUGUUCCUCUUGUUUUGCAUUUUGUAUGCAACCGCACCUGCCUGUUAGAGACAAUCCGGGGAAAGGUGGUGAAAAAAAAGUAAGAAAAAAAAAACAUUGCUGUUGUAAAUCAUUUUUAAUAAUAAAUAUUAUCAAGAAUGACAA